AUGCCAUACAAUAUCGCGUAAGUAGUACACUUCCAUCACAUGUAAAGCGCGCGCAAUGACUCUGACAUCAAUAUAGAAUGGUGUCUGAUUUCUUCUACCCCCAGCCGGGCGGAGUGGAGAGUCACAUCUAUCAACUUUCCAGCGUACGUCCACCAUACUCAGCCUCCCACCAAUGCUGUCGGAGACCAAUUUCACAUUACCAGGAUAUCGAAGCAAUCGUGAGCGUCGAUGCUGACUGUACAAGAAACUGAUCGAUCGCGGACACCGGGUGAUCAUCAUCACUCACUCAUAUGGCUCGCCCUACCCAAGCCGGACGGGUGUGAGGUAUCUCACGAACCGCCUCAAAGUCUACCACCUCCCGCACUGGGUCGUAUACAGAUCAACGACAUUUCCCACUGUCUUUUCGUCCUUCCCAAUCCUGAGGCAGAUCUUUAUCCGAGAGCAGAUCCAGAUCGUUCAUGGCCACGCCUCACUCAGCAACCUGUGCCACGAGGGGUUGCUGCACGCUCGGACGAUGAGUCUGCAUACCGUUUUUACGGACCACAGUCUCUUCGGCUUCAGCGACGCUGCUAGCAUCAUGGCGAAUAAGCUGCUCAAAUUCAGCCUGAGCGACGUCGGGCAUGUCAUCUGUGUCAGUCAUACGUGGUACGUACGAUGCCUUUACCUUAGGUGCUUAAAACAAGACUGACUCGUGAAUAGCAAGGAGAAUACUACCUUGCGCGCUUCUCUCAAUCCGCUCGCUGUGUCUGUCAUACCAAACGCUGUCGUACCCAGCAACUUCCGUCCACUCCAACCGCACGAGGCGAAGGCUUUUCGCGACGGCGACAAAGGUGCCCUCCUCCCGCCUCCGCCAGAUCCAACUCAGCCGGUUGGCUCCGGCGAUCCAAUCACCAUCGUGGUGAUAUCUCGUCUGUUCUACAACAAAGGUACCGAUCUGCUCAUUUCUGCUUUGCCAUUGCUGCUCCAUCGCCACGCCAACCUUCGGUUCAUCAUUGCUGGCAGUGGACCCAAAGCCAUCGACCUCGAACAGACUCUCGACUCUUUGCCUCAGCAGCUCGUUUAUACGCCCUCAGGCCAAAGUCGCGUCGUCUUGCUGGGCAGCAUCCGCCAUGAAGAGGUUCGAGAUGUCAUGGUCCGCGGCCACCUCUUGCUCUCUACCUCAUUGACCGAAGCCUUCGGGACAGUGCUGGUCGAGGCUGCUUCUUGUGGUCUCAUGGUCGUGGCCACCCGCGUUGGUGGUGUUCCGGAAGUCUUGCCCGGCAACAUGACCGUCUUUGUCCUACCGGAGGUGGAAGAUGUGGUACGAGGUGUAUCAGAAGCGGUCACUCUUCUGACGAGCAAAAGCAGCAUCAGGCGAGACAGAUUUCACGAUCUGGUCAAGAACAUGUAUUCGUGGUCUGACAUCGCACGCCGCACGGAACGAGUGUAUGACCUGAUCACUGGCAGUCCUCCAGCUCCUGAGACCGAAGGCUACUACGACGAAGAAUGGAUGCAAUAUGGACAGCCUGCACACAACUCCUCAGCGCUCAUGGACCGAUUGAAGAGAUACUUUGGCUGCGGAGUGUGGGCAGGAAAGCUGUUCGUCAUCGUUGUUGUGGUAGAUUAUCUGAUCUACUGCUUCCUGGAGUUCAUGUAUCCACGGGACAAGAUCGAUACCUGCAAGCCGUGGCCGUCCCCUACGACCCCGGCUGUGGCAAGGGAGGAGAGGUUUGGCAUGGGUAUUGAGAGCAAUGGUACGCUAGAGAGAAUGGGUACUGUAAAACCUAAGGGCAGCAGGAGGAGGAAGGAGGGUAUGGUGGAUGAGAUCGGGUGA